AUGGCAUUGUAUAAAGAAGGACUUGACAAGGUUAUCGACACUGAAGUAGAACUGACUGCAGCAAACGGGCAUAGUAUGAAAGCUGUGAAAGUGUUUUCACACGCAAUUCAUUACUUGAAAAUGGAGGCUUUGAAAGUGAUUACAGAAACGACCGGCGUGGAGUUCAAAGGUGAAGAAGUCCAAUGGGUACUCACCGUUCCUGCUAUCUGGGGUCAAGCAUCCAAACAAUUCAUGAGAGAAGCUGCUUAUCAGGCUAACGUAGCAUCUAGAGAUCACGAUAAGCAGUUGAUCAUUGCUUUGGAACCUGAAGCGGCGUCCUUGCACUGUAUAGAGAGUCCCAUGGCUGGAUUUGUAAAUGGUAAAGAACAUGGUGUUAAAUGCUCAGAUGUUGUCGCCAGGCCAGGAACCUCGUACAUGAUAGUGGAUUGUGGUGGAGGAACAGUGGACAUAACCAUGCAUCGCAUAACGAGUGACAAAAAACUGAUGGAGAUUCAUAAAGCAACAGGAGGCCCAUUCGGAGGAGCGCAGGUUGACGAAGAAUUUGAAAAGUUAUUAAAAAAGAUUUUCGGGGAAAAAUUCAUUCUCGAUUACAAGAACGAAUAUCCGCCAGACUGGUUGCGAAUUAUUAUGGAAUUUGAAAUGAAAAAGACUCUUGAUAGAAUAAGCAAAGGUAACGACUCAAGAAUCCGCCUGCCUUAUACAUUCACCGAAUUUCAUACAAAACAACUCAAAACAUCAAUGGCGAAAUCAAUCGAGAAAUGUUAUCCCGAGGGUAAGGUAAAAAUAAAUAAAGAAUAUCUAGUCCUAAAUUCAGAAAUCAUGAAAACAUUGUUUAAGCCAGCAAUUGGUGGAAUUGUUAAAUUGAUGGGUGAAUUACUAUCAAAAAAAGAGUUGGAGGAAGUGAAAUGUAUUUUCCUAGUUGGCGGAUUCUCGGAGUCGCUUCUUUUGCAAGCAGAAAUUAAUAAACAAUUUUCGAAAUAUAAAAUACUGGUUCCACGGGAUGCUAAUUUGGCAGUAGUUAAGGGAGCUAUUUUAUUUGGCCAAAAUCCGCAUAGAAUUCAAAUGAGAAUUUCAAAAUUAACAUAUGGUUGUGAAAUUUGCUCUGUAUUUGAUCCCAGCAAACACGACCCUGAUCGCACUUUCAAAACCGAAGAUGGCGAUCUGUAUGCCGAGGGUCUCUUUCACAGAUUGGUCAAAGUAAACGAAAAGAUCUGGCUUGGUAAAACCAUUAAGUAUACAUUCCAGCCAAUUCAUGGCGACCAGUCGGAAUUUGAAUUUCUAUUCUAUGUAACGGAGAAAGAUGAUGCUCUGUAUAUUGAUGAUGACCAUGUGAGAAAAGAGGAAACUAAAAUUGUUGUUAAGUCACCUCAUGUAAGCAUGGGUAAAAACCGUGACAUAGAUCUAAAAAUAGAGUUUGCUGACACAGAGAUAAGGGCUACUGCUAUUGAUACAGUGUCUGGCGAAGUGACUAUGACGCAUUUGGAGCUGGAAGCCCGCUAA